AUGCUACUCCCUGGCUCCACGCUCCUCCUCGCGCCGCUCCUCGCGCCACCGCCGGCCCGGCACGCUCCGGCGGCGAUGGGCGGAUACACCGGGCUGCCACGGAUGCCCGUCAAGGCUUGGCCGCUCACGCGGCGAUGGAACCCGACCCUCGAGUACCGCGAGAACAUUGCGACGCUUGGGCUCGCCGCACGCGCCCUGCGCCCGCUGGCGAGCGGCAAGCGCCUAGCCACCGACUACGCCGAGGCGACGAAGCGGAAGGCCAAGGCAGCGGCGUGCGACGCCAAAAACUGCGACUUUAUGACGUGGGCGGCGAGCACGCGUGGCGGCAUCGGGCACGAGGCGGCGACGUGGUUCAACACCAACUUCGACAUCAAGGCCGCUAAGGCGUCCUCCGACAGCGAACGAUGGCGGGUCAGUAGCGAGCGCAAGCGCUUCCUGCAAGUGCACUCGACCAUCGUCGCGAGGCGCAACGCCGCCAUCUUCGACUACAACGCGUGGCCGAAGAUGGGCGGCGAGAUGCCGCGGGCGCCUCGGGUGCAGUAUGAGUAG